AGGAGAUUGCCAAGCACAAGGGCCCCCCUGUCUUCACGCAGGAGGAGAGGUACAAAAUGGUGCAAGCCAUCAAGUGGGUGGAUGAGAUUGCUCCAGGAGCUCCCUAUGUCACCACACUGGAAACCCUGGACAAAUAUAACUGCGACUUCUGUGUGCAUGGUGAUGACAUCACCCUGACCAUAGACGGCAAAGAUACCUACGAGGAAGUGAAGACAGCAGGGCGGUACAGGGAAUGCAAACGCACCCAAGGUGUGUCCACCACCGACCUCGUUGGCCGCAUGCUGCUCAUGACUAAGGCUCACCACAGCAACAUAGAUGAGGACCUGGACUGUCGGAAGCACACUGACAACUUUGGGAAGGGGCCCAAAGGCCGCAGUCCCUGGACAGGCGUCUCGCAGUUCCUACAGACGUCUCAGAAGAUCAUCCAGUUCGCGUCGGGGAAGGAACCGCAGCCAGGAGACACCAUCAUCUACGUGGCUGGAGCCUUCGACCUGUUCCAUAUUGGGCACGUGGAUUUCCUGGAGAAGGUUCACCAGCUGGCAGAGAAGCCCUACAUCAUUGCUGGGCUGCACUUUGAUCAGGAAGUAAAUCGCUACAAAGGGAAGAACUAUCCCAUCAUGAACAUCCACGAGAGGACACUCAGUGUCUUGGCCUGCAGGUAUGUCUCCGAAGUGGUGAUUGGAGCCCCCUACGCUGUCACUGCCGACCUGCUGGAUCACUUCAGGGUGACGCUUGUGUGUCAUGGGAUGACUGAGGUGGUGCCAGACAAGGACGGUUCUGAUCCCUACCAGGAGCCCAAGAGACGCGGCAUUUUCCAGCUGGUGGACAGUGGCAGCAACCUCACCACGGAUUUAAUUGUGCAAAGAAUCAUCAAGAACAGGCUGGAGUUUGAGGCCAGGAACCAGAAGAAGGAAGCAAAAGAGCUGGCGGUGUUGGAGGCCAUGAGGAGACUGGACGAGGAGAAGCACUAGGCCAGCCCUGAGCUGACGGGUGGGUCGCAGAGCGCCGCAGCCUCGUGCUCUCGAGGAGCCGAAGCUCUUUGAGGGGGACCCCGGAGCGGGGACACCGCUGCUGGCACGCAGGAUGUGCUGUCCUACCCCUUCUGUCCUUGCUCCUCCGGCACUAAUUACGCAGACAUAAUGAGUCGGGAUCCUGCUGCCUAGUUUUUCCUCUGUUAAUCAGCCCCCCGUCCCCUUUCCCAGGAGGAGAUCUGAGGAGAUCUGACAAAAGAAAAAAACCUCGAUUUUAAUUAUAACUAAUGUUUUAACAUGUUGAUGUGCUUUUACCUUCUGCCAUCUCUGGCUUUUAGUAAGAGGGAUGUGGAGCUGCUGCCUCAGCCCCUCCAUUUCGGCUGCCCUGACCCGCGUCUGCGCUAGGGAGCCGCCCUUUGGGGGUGGGGGGCGGCCCCCCCCGGCCCGGGGACGGUUGCGGCCCUCGCCGUUCCUCUGCCGGGCCCUCGCUGCGCCGGUUGCUGGAGGUGCCGGUGGCCCCGGGCCCGGGGUUCACAAGCACCAGCCCCAGAGCCAGGUGGGCUUUGGCUGGACGAAGCCCCUCGCCGCUGUGUCCGGCACCGGGGGCUCGUUUGGUGCCUCAGGAAGGGGCUGGGGGUGCGAGGACCCGGCACUUUCCCUGGUGGGUUGAGGCGUUUCUCCGCCCGCGGCUGGCCUGUUGCAGCCCCUGCUCGGAGCCCUCCUGCUGCUGCCGACGUCCAGCGUGUGCCUGGCGCUGACUGCAGGGAGGGCCCUGACGUUUCACGCCUGUUUGCUGACGCGCAGCGCGGGUGCCCCUGGGGGGAGGCGCGGGGACGGGUGCUGGGCUGAGCCCCUUCCCCGCUCUUACAUUCCUGGGUGCUGUGGCGGGGCCCUGGGCCGCUCCCCGCGCGGCGCUGUGCUGGACGGUCCUUCCAUGCCGGUUCUGUUGUCCUCUCUGUUGUAAACUUUUGUUGCUGAUCAUUAAUAAAAUGUUGAUGAGG